UAUCUUUAAAAAAAAAAGCUCUCUUCCUCCCUUUAAAAAGGCAAUUUCAUUUCAGUAACUCUCCGAAAUCUAACCCAAAAUAUGAUAUUUUGAUAGUUAAAUAUUUUCCAGAAAAACAAGAGAGAAUGGGGUUUCGUCUCAAUUUGCCACAAAGGAUCUUGUUACUACAUCUCACACUAUUAUCAGUGACAAAAUGGUCCGAAUCAGCUAGAGUAUUCACGAUCGUGAACUCAUGUGACCAAACAAUAUGGCCGGCGAUAACACCCGGAGAAAACUUCAGCGGCGGAGGAUUCAAGCUCAAACCGGGCCACUCCAUCGCCUUCAACGCGCCAGUAGGCUGGUCAGGCCGAAUUUGGGGACGAACCGGCUGCAAAUUCAAUAAAACUGGAACCGGAAGCUGUAAAACCGGUUCAUGCGGCUCAAACCUAAAAUGCACAACUGCUGGAAAACAACCAGUUUCACUAGCCGAGUUCACGCUAGCCUCAUUGGAUUUCUACGACGUGAGCCUCGUCGACGGAUUCAAUCUCCCGAUGACAUUGACUCCGGUGAACGGAACAGGAAACUGCACCGUGGUCCACUGCGUCGCCGAUUUGAGGCCAAGGUGUCCGGCAGAGCUAGCUGUGAAAUCUAAGGGGAAAGUUAUAUCGUGUAGGAGUGCUUGUGAUGUGUUCGAUACAGAUGAGUAUUGUUGCAGGGGAGUUUAUGGGAACCCUUCAACGUGUCGACCAACUCAUUACUCGAAAAUAUUCAAGAAAGCUUGUCCUACUGCUUACAGUUAUGCUUAUGAUGAUCCGACCAGUAUCUUCACUUGUUCCGGUUCAGAUUACGUCAUCUCUUUCUGUUCCUACAGGAAGAAGCCGGUGGGAACGUAACAUGAUAACAAGCAAGUAUGCAGCCUGCAGCCAUGGUUCUGGUUCUGGUGGAUUCAAGACGAGGGUCCGGAGGUUGUGGCUUGUAUUGAUGAUGUCGGUUGAUGCUUUUAAGGGCAUCUCCAACCCAACUCCAUAUUUUACUCCAAAAUUGAGAAAAUGGAAUGGGAAAUAGAGAGUAAUCCUUUUAUUUUUUGUUCAUCACUCCAUUUCUCACUCCAUUUUUUCUAUUUUGGAGUAAAAUAUGGAGUGGAGUUGGAGAUGCUCUAACUAGUUUUGGGACUCCCUUUUUUAAAUAAACAAGUGUUUUUCUUUCU